CGCUGCAACUUUUGAUACCAAUGCGAUCUCACAAUAUUGCAGGAAGUGAGUACAAGGGUUUGCUCGCAGGAAGUGGACGCGGAGGAGCUUGUGUGUUUCGCUGAAGACUGUUUGAGAUUGCGAUUUGGUCUGACGGAGUUAGCGACACAUACACGCAGCGGGCUUGCAUACUGCGGGAGAGGAAGUACCUGUUUCUUCAGGUUGUCUGUGUCUGCCAUGUCCACGGCCCAGGAUUUGAAGAUGAAGGAGGAGAAAGAUGCGCAGCUGGACAAGAGAAUCGAAGCACUCCGAAAGAAGAACGAGGUUCUGGUCAGGAGAUACCAGGAAAUCGAGGAAGAUAAGAAGCGGGCGGAGAAAGAGGGCAUCGCCGUGACGACGGGACAGAAGCCACGCCCCUCGGAACCCGAGAACGUCAAUCACAAGAGAACGGAGGAAGAGAACUUCGUCAUUACUGUAGACCUGACCAGACCUGCCGGGGAGAAGCGAGUGAUCCACAAUGACAAGAAGCCAGCGAGCGGGCGGGGGGGCGAGGAGGGGCCUCCCCCAGGGCGCAGCCCUCCCAGGAGAGGGGGGGUGUUCGGACGGCUUGGGAGGGGCGGCAGGGGCAGCCCCAGAUCCGACUGGGGGGGAGGGGGAGAGCAGAGACACGACCGAGGAGAGAGUCACGCAGACAGAGAAGCUCUGCACCAGCGCCCAGACAGACAGCCAGCAGAGGGCGCUGUGAGGACGGACAGAACGCCCAGAGGGAGGCGGGGCCGGGAAGGAGGGGAAGGGACCGGUAACCCCGGCAACAGCGCCAGUAACCCUGGCACCCCGGCAACCGACAGGAGGGUCAAGGAGUGGGAAGAGAAGCGGAGACUGAACAUUGAGAAAAUGAACGAGGAGAUGGAGAAGAUCGCAGAGUACGAGAGAGGCAACAGGAGUGACGGGCAGGGAGAGAAGAAUCCGGGCCGGAAUUUCCUGGAUGAUCCUCGGCGUUCCGGGCCCGCUCCCGACGCAGAUCGCAAGGAGAGGAGCCGACGGCACGUCCGAAACUGGGGGGGGGUCGACUUUGAGAGGGUCAAGACUGGGGGGCCCGAGAGGGACAAGGAGUGGCAGGGCCGGCGGUCAGGGGGUCCCAAGGGCCCCGUUGACGUGAUGUCGAUGACGGGUCGGGAACGCUCCGAGUACGAGCGCUGGAAGCAGGAGCGCGAGCAGAUCGACCAGGACAGGCUGUCGCGGCACCGCAACGCCACGGGCCAGUGGAGGAGGGAGUGGGACGCGCAGAAGACCGAGAGCACGUUUAAAGAGACGGCCGCUGCAAUGCAGGAACAAGGAGAGACCGACUGCAGAAGAGACGCCCUUAUACAGGAAGAGGAGAACAAACGCCCACCCAAGCAGCCCACAUUUGGAGAAUUCCUGGGCCAGGGGAAGGGGAGAGAGGCUGGGAAGGGGAGAGGCAGGGGGAGAGACAGGAACUACAGCAUGCACGACAACCGCUGGGAGGAGGAGGUGAAGAAAAGAGAGGCUGAAGGGAAGAGAGAAGCGGGACCUCCCAGGAAUAAAGCACAGCACAGCAAAGAUGAAGCUCAAGAGAAAGUCGGACAGGGAAAGGAGGAGGCGCCGUGCCAGGAGGCAGACGAGGACCAGUGGGAGGAUGCGAGCGAGGAGGAGGAGGGAGAGUCCGAGGAAGAGGAGGAGAAAAAAACACAGCAGAAACGGAACAAGAAGCGACCGUCUCUCCCACCAACUUCCAAACCCCAAACCAGCCCCCCUCGCCUCACCACCCCCCGAACGAGGAGAGAAGGGGGGCGCAGGAGCGGGGGGCAUCCCCCCAAACUACAGCUGCCCCCCAAGCAGACCACCCCGGAGUCCCCGUCCCAGUCUCCCAAACCCUGCAAGCCCCUGAGCCCCUUCUCCCUGGCGGAGGACUACUGUCCCGUCACAGACUGGGGGGAGGAGAUGGAGCUGCAGUCACCCCGCAGCAGUUUAGGAGAGAGCCCCCUGGGGCAGCCCACCCCGGCCAACCCCAAACCCACAUUCCCCAAAAGUGAACCUGGAGCUGGGCAAGAAGCCUGAGGGAGGGGCCAGAAGACGGAGCGAAGCUGACCCUGGAGAGCAGGAGAGGGGCAGGGUUGUUUGGAGUCAAAAGUCCCCCCGGAGUCCCCCCCACCAACUGAGCCAGAGCCCGCUGGAUAGAACCAGGUGGAGUGUGUUAAUGUGCCUUGGAGUUCUGGAAACAGGCGGUGUGUUUGCUAGCCUGCCGGAGAGCUCAGCUUGACCACUCCUUCCUCUCUGCCUCCCAUCCUGCUUGCCUGCCUGCCUGCCUGCCUGGGCUGUAUUAAGAUCUUGCUGUCAUUAACGCGGUUGGGCCUCUCUCACGGUCCUGGGUUUCUGGUUGCACACCGACCCAUCUGACUUGCUCAGAAUCGGAUGCAGACCCCCCCCCCCGGGUUCUUAAAUAAUUCUGUAAACCUUUUUUUUAAAACUGCAUGAUUUGUUUCCUUUAUUUUUAUUUGUUUUUGUCUCUUGAAUGUCAGUGAUUUUUUUUACCUUUAACUUGCUUCAGCUAACUGUGUUGAUGUUACCGUAUGUGACCUAUAAUAUUGUAUAGUGAUCUGUGUGAUGCAAGCUGAUCAUUACUCAACAAUGGAGAGGUCAAGGUGGCUUACCACAAGCGUGCUUACUGGUCGCUCUGACUUUUGAGUGUGCAAAUCAGCUUGUAUCUCGCACACACCACCCUGUACCGUAUAUUGGUAAAUAAGACAAAUAGUUUAGCUAAUCUUAAAGUGACGUAAUUUCCAUCUGAUUCAAAGACAUUUCAGAGGGCUGGAUCGCAUCAAUAUCAGGGUCUAGUGCUGUAUAUUAUAAAGACAUUUCAGAGGGCUGGAUCGCAUCAAUAUCAGGGUCUAGUGCUAUAUAUUAUAAAGACAUUUCAGAGGGCUGGAUCGCAUCAAUAUCAGGGUCUAGCGCUAUAUAUUAUAAAGACAUUUCAGAGGGCUGGAUUGCAUCAAUAUCAGGGUCUAGUGAGAUAUAUUAUAAAGACAUUUCAGAGGGGUGGAUCUCAUCAAUAUCAGGGUCUAGUGAGAUAUAUUAUAAAGACAUUUCAGAGGGCUGGAUCGCAUCAAUAUCAGGGUCUAGUGCUAUAUAUUAUAAAGACAUUUCAGAGGGCUGGAUCGCAUCAAUAUCAGGGUCUGCUUUGUAUCUGUAUAGAUGAAAAUGCAAACAAAUGCUUAUUUCUGUCAUUUUAGUUUAACAAUCUUGCAGGUGUCUGGUUGUGGGCAGAGCCUCAUUCUGAUUUUCUGGGGCUCAUGUUAACAAAGUUAUUUGGAAACAGCUCUACACCGGGCUGGUAGAUUUAUACCACACAGUCUGGUACCUGCAAAGCACUGUGUUGAUAACCAGGGAUGGAAAUAAGACUCCUAUUGCACAGCAGUGUGAUCCAUUCCAGGUUUUACUACCAGCUUGAUCAGCCCCAGUGUGUCUAGCUAACAAGCGCAGGUGUGUCUUAUUAUUAAACUCCAACUGAAACCAGGAAUGGAUCACACUGCUACGCAACAGGAGUCUGAUUCCCAUCCCGGGAAAUAUCGUUUGAGGUGAAAAAGUACAUUUAUAAUUGCCUGUAAUCAAUUGUCUGUACUGAGUACAGGAUAAUCAUGAACAAAUAAUGUGAAAUGAACUGGUGCCAAGACAAACAUUAUUUUUUUUAUGUAUUUCAGUCAAAUUUUAAUAUACUGUACGUUUUUGAAUGAGCUGAAAUGAUCCAUGUUGUAACAGCAUCAGCUAUUAAAUGAGUUAAAUAAACACUUCUGUGCGUCAGAA